CGUUAUUUAUUCAGCAAAAUAUGAGGCGGGAUAGGUCAAGGUGAAGUCUGAGAAUGCCGCCUCCGCCACCGCCGCCGCCGUCGCGGGGACCGGCGAAACCCUACUUCUUCUACGGCCACCGCAAACCAACUCAGAAUCGUCCCGCGGUGCGUGGAGGACUUUUCUCGAACCGCCAAACUCUAAACCCUAGGAAGGCUGGUCGCCCGACGGCAACGUCCGGCGAGCCAUUCGACCUACAAAGAUGGGAUCCCGACGAGAAAAGGAUCCAAAAUCCUCCGUUUGGAAGACUGGAUCCAUCGGAGAAGUUCUUCGCAUUGGCUAAAAACCUCUCCCCUAUUGCGAGAUACAUAGUGGACGCAUUCAGGAAGCAUAAGCAGUGGAGGCCAGAGCUCGUGGAGGAACUCAAUCGGCUGCGCCGCGUGACACCGAAGCUGGUGGCGGAGGUUAUGAAGUUUCCCGAUAUUGACCCUCGGAUCUCCUCCAGAUUCUUCCAUUGGGCUGGGAAGCAGAAGGGUUAUAGACAUGAUUUCGCCUGUUACAAUGCAUAUGCAUAUUUUCUAAAUCGAGCGAAUCAUUUUCGGGAUGCUGAUCAGGUGCCUGAGUUGAUGCACAUGCAAGGGAAGCCUCCUAGUGAGAAACAGUUUGAAAUCCUGAUUAGAAUGCAUGCCGAUGCAAAUAGGGGUCUGAGGAUACACUACGUGUACGAAAAAAUGAAGAAAUUCGGGGUAAAGCCGAGUGUUUUUUUAUUUAACAGAAUAAUGGAUGCCUUAGUUAAGACUGAUCAUUUAGAUUUGGCAUUGAUGGUUUAUGAUGAUUUCAAGGAGGAUGGUUUGGUUGAGGUGAAUGUCACAUACAUGAUUUUGAUUAAGGGUUUAUGUAAAGCGGGACGUUUGGAUGAAGUAUUUUUCCUUCUGGAUCGGAUGAGGAAGAACUUAUGCAAGCCAGACGUGUUUGCAUACACUGCGAUGAUAAAAGUGUUGGUCUCGAAUGGAAAUUUGGAUGGUUGUUUAAAGGUGUGGGAUGAAAUGAAAAAGGAUGGGGUUGAGCCAGAUGUGAUGGCCUAUUCGACUUUGUUCAUGGCCCUUUGUAAAUGUGGCCGGGUCGAGAAGGCUUCUGAAUUGUUGCACGAAAUGAAAGAAGGAAAAAUUUUGAUAGACAGGGCUAUAUAUGGAUCUUUGAUUGAAGCGUACGUAGAGGAUGGGAAGGUGGGAUCAGCUUGCGGUUUACUCAAAGAGUUGAUGGAUUCGGGAUAUAGAGCCGACUUGGCAAUAUAUAACUCCCUUAUCAAAGGAUUGUGCGGCUCAAAUUUGGUUGACAGGGCGUAUAAACUUUUCCUAGCUACAAUUCGGGAGGAUCUCCAGCCGGAUUUCCACACGGUUAAUCCAAUGUUACUCUCUUAUGUGGAGUCAAAAAGGAUGAAAGAUUUUCAUAAAUUGCUCGAGCAUAUGCAAAUGUUGGGAUUUUCUGUUGCUGAUGUUCUGCUGGAAUUCCUUUCUUCCAUGGUUGAAAAAAAAGAUAGAGUCUCCAUGGCGUUGGAAGCAUUUGAGUACUUGAGAAUGCAUAAGCUUCUAACUAUUUCACUUUACAAUGUACUUAUGGAGGCCCUUUUCAAGAUUGGUAAGGAAAAGAAGGCAUUAGAACUAUUUGAUGAACUCGGUGACUAUAGCUUGGUGCCCGAUACAUCCUCUUACUGUAAUGCUAUUUUAUGUUACGUUGGAGUUGGGAAUCUUCCGGAGGCGUGCAAAUGCUAUAACAAGAUUAUAGAAAUGUCCUCAGUUCCAUCAAUUGAUGCCUAUUAUUCUCUUGUUAAGGGACUUUCAUGUUUUGGAGAGGUCGAUGCAGCAAUGAUGCUCAUUCGCGACUGCUUGGCUAAUGUGACGAAUGGUCCAAUGGAAUUCAAGUAUGCUCUCACAAUAAUCCAUGUCUGUAAGUUGAAUGACGCUAGAAAGGUCGUUGACGUUGCGAAUGAAAUGGCAGAACAAGAUUGUCUGCCAAACAGCAUUGUGUAUGCUGCUGUUAUAUAUGGUAUGGGCAAGCACGGAACCAUCGAAGAGGCGAGGAAGUUUUUCUCAGCCAUGAGGGAGUCGCGGUUUAUGACUGAAGCAGAUGUAGUAGUCUUUGAUGAUAUGCUUAUAGACCACAUGAAAAAGACUACUGCAGAUUUGGUAUUGUCUGGGAUUAAAUUCUUCGGCCUGGAGUCAAAACUAAAGGCGAAGGGCUCUAUGCUCUUAUCAGGGUGAACCAUGCCUACACUCAAGAAAUUUCUAAUUUUAUGUUCAGAAAAGUGCGAGAGAUAGGCGGGUACUUGUACUCAACCUGGAAUGCAACCUGAGCCAAAACUCUUUCUUCGAUGGACGAGCAGUUGCUGAAUAUCCAUCUGUGAUUGGUAUGAACUAAUGAUCGAGGCCCUUGUGCAGUUUCUUUAAACCCGUUUACAUUCUUAACAGGGCAUCUUAAGGUCCCGCCUGUAUGAUUUCUCCCGCAGAUAUCCAGCCAAACUCAAAUAACUAAGGACAUCUUCCCGAGCAGUCGUAUGUAUACCAAAUUAAUAUGUCAAUGUGAGUAAAUCUCCAUGUGAGUAAUCCAGUGCCCGAACGAACCAUUCAUCCUUUUUCGGCUGGUACAAGUGUAUAUAGUUUAUCUCACGUUGUUCCCAGGAAAAUAAUUAUUAUACAAUGUGCACAGAAAUUUAUCAUUUUUUAUAGGUACAUUUUAGUAAUAUGUAUUAUUUUGAUAACUGGGUGAGAUCUGCCUGUGUUUGGCCAUACAUGUAUGUAAAGGUUCUGAUGUGUUAUUUUUUGUGUACAAUAAUGUUAUGUUGCUUUGAUUAAUUCAUAGAUGAAUUUGGA